GAAUUACUCAUUAGAGUAUUUAUUAAUAUCCAUUGGAGUUAGUUUGUCUAAUAGAAGAGUGUUGUUGUUAGUAGAUGAGGCUUUUUUAGUAGAGGCAUCUGUUACUGUGGUGUUAGGCUCUUCUGUGG